AAGCCACGACUACUACGAGAAUGAAGGUAUGAACCUGGGAUCCUUCAACAGCCAGAUCUUUGGUGACAGCUUCUUCACUCCCAAAACAGCAGCACAGCACCCACCGUUCCUCCCGAUUCUCUCUUUUCUUUUCUUUUUUCACUCAGGUUCAGGACCACACCUAUAUUCCAAAACGGUAACAAACUCGUAGUAACAAACCCACCCGCACUUUUAGCAUCAAAUCUCAACCGUCAAUUUAAAUCUCAUAAAAAGUCACCUUUCUCAACCUCAACCUCAACAUCAACAUCUUCUCUGACUCUCACAGACGCACUCACAAUCUUUCCCUUUCAUCUUUUUCAAGAACACAAAUAUAGCAAACCCACGAACAAAACGAAAAAAUUAAUUAAAUUUUUUUAUAAAAAAAAAAGUAAGAGAGAGAAUUGAGAUUUGAGAGUGCGUACAGUGUGAGAGAGAGAGAGAGAUGGGCGAUUGUGUGAGAAAUUUUAAGCGAAUUGCGGUGGUGGAUGGUUCUGGCUCUGGCUCAAGCACAACCAUGGCGGUCUCGAAGAAAAGGAGAAUCAUUGGCUUGACUUCUUCGGAUGUGGAACUCCACGACGCUCGUUUUUGUUUUGAUUCGCCGGAGAAGACUGUGAAUUCCGGCGGAGUAAUGAACGCCGGUGAUUUGUGCACGAGCUUCUGUAUGGACCAGUUUCCUGUUUCUUGUUGCUCUAGCAAUGAGUCGAGCGAGGUCGUCAGGGAUGGCUUCAGCCUCAUAGAUCUGGCCAAGAGUUUCGAAACCGUUGACUCAACAACGUACAUAAACAACAACAACAACAAAUUCAGCAGAGAAGCCACACCAUUGAGCUCGCUCUGUGUAGAAUCAGACGAAAUGGACUCGCCGGCGGCGACGAAGAAUCAUCCUCCGGCGAAGAUGCCACCGAAAGAAGAGAUCGACGAUUUCUUCGCAUUUGCAGAAAAGCGCGAGCAAAAGCGAUUCGCAGAGAACUACAACUAUGACAUUGUGAAGGAUGUGCCAUUGGAGGGUCGUUACCAGUGGAUUCCUUUGAAGCCAUGAGAGAGUGAGACUGUAAGAGUAAGAGAAAGAGAGAUUUGCUAAAGUCACUGGUUAGCACAGAGAGUUGCAUGCAAUUGGGUUUAGGUGGUAGUGGAAGGUGGUUUUAGAUUUAUUAUUAUUGUACAGCUUUCUCUUUUUCCACUAGAGUACUAUGUAAGGAAAAAAAAAAAACGAAGCUUUGUCCUACAAUAGUGAAAAAAAUAGAAGCUUCUAUUUCUACUUGAAUCUAUUUCUUAGUACAGUAAUAAUAAUCAGUGAAUUUUAAUCUUA